AUGGCGCUUGGUCACAUCGGCCCCGAGGCGUCGCGGAAGCAGGAGCCGACGGAGGAGCAGAAGGAUGCUCGGGCCGCGGCUCGCAGGGCCAAAAAGGCCCGGCAGAAGGCGAACAAGGCGGAGAGGAAGGCUGCGGCGGCGGCCGCGAGCGAGGCCGAGCGUGCGGACUACCCGCACGCGCAGCUGCGCGAGAACGUCGAGUUCGUGAUGGAGGGCUUGGAGGCUGCGGCGCAGGCGGCGCGCAUCCCCACCGGGUCCAAGAUUCAGGUCGCCUACUCGCUGCCUCCCGAGGGGGGCAGCGGGUUCGGCGACCUGGUGUACGCCACGGUCCCUCUGGGCUCCGUGGCGACGAAGGUCGCCCGGGACUGGCUCGCCAACGAGCUCUACGAGCCGUCCCGGAGCGGCAAAAUUGAUGCGGCCUGCAGGGACCGAAAGGUCGCCGACCUGAUCACGGCUGCCGGCGCCUCGGCGCCGGCCGACGCCGUGUUCGGCGGCAGGUUCGCGACGGGCGAGGCGCCCCGCCCGACGACCCCCGCCUCCGAGGCGGACGAGGGCGACGGCGUCGGCGGCGAUGGCGGGACCGGCAUCGAGCACUUUGACCUUUUCGAGCCGGACCCCACCCCCAUGGAGGAUCUCUGA